AUUUAAUCUUGUAAUAAUCCUCUCGAUGAGGAUGCCCUUAGUUCUCCUAGAUCAUUAGGGACAAACUAAUUGAACAUGUGGCCCCACAUGGCUAAUUAAGGAACUUCAGCUUUGACUAAUCCACGAAUUAAAGGAGAAUUACCCCUGUAGCCAUCGUCACCAUCAUCACUUCACCAUUAAUUUCCGGUUUCCACAUCCUCUUUUCUUCAAUUCCGUCUUCUUUGUUCUCCAUUAUAUUUCAUGGAGGCUCUGUUCCAAGAACCCACAAUGGAGGCUCUGUUCCAAGAUCCCAUCACCACAUCAAACGAUUUCGUCUACAAUCAUCAUCACUCUGAGCAAGCGGAUAUGAUUGGGGAGAGAUUCUUCACUUCCAGCGGCAGUAGUUUCUCAGGCAUGACCAAAUCUGCUACCGAAGCAGAAGAAGUAGUAGAAGAGGAAGGAGACUACACAGAUGCGACUCUGAAAUUCAUAAGCCAGAUGCUAAUGGACGAGGCAGAGGACCUGGAGAAGCAGGGCUGCAUGUUCACCGACUGCACGGCUCUCCAAGCCCAUGAGAAGCACUUCUCCGACGCCCUCCACGGCAGCGACGGCGACCCUUCGCCUCCAAACGGGAAACGGACCCACCAGCACUCAUCGCCGUCUGCCGUCGAAACAACCUACGAGAGGAGCAACAAGCUGCAGUUGGCUGAAGAAUCCCAUGAGCCGCCGUUGGACGAUGAUACAUACUACGACGCCAUUGUCUACCCCUCCAAGAAAACAGGGAAAAAGGCGGGAAAGAGCAACAGCCACCGCCGGGGCGGCGGCAAGAAAAAAAGAAACCCGAAAGAAGAAGUCAUAGAUCUCCGAGCCCUGCUUACUAAGUGUGCACAGUCCAUAGGGGUUAAUGACAGAGGGACGGCUAAUGAGACCCUUACGAAGAUAAGGCUGCACUCUUCUCCCUACGGCAAUGGAAGCGAGAGGACGGCGCAUUAUCUCGCCAUCGCCCUCGAGGCGCGCAUGAAUGGAACGGGAACAUCGCUGUACUCGUCGUACCAUUCCGACAGUAUCUCGGCUUCGGAUAUCUUGAAAGGUUUCCACACUUAUAUCAACGCAAUCCCGUUCAAGGUAGUCUCGUUUAUGAUGGCCAACAAAUACAUUAUGAAGCUUACAGCUAGAGGAGCAACUAGGCUGCACAUCAUAGAUUUCGGUAUUCUCUAUGGCUUUCAAUGGCCAUGGCUCAUCGAAGGUCUCUCGGCCAGAGCCGGAGGUCCACCGAGGCUUCGCAUUACCGGGAUAGACUUUCCCCAGCCGGGAUUUCGACCCGAAGAGCGGGUCAAGGCCACGGGCCUUCGGCUGGGUAAAUACUGCGAGAGACUAAAUGUCCCGUUUGAGUUCAAAGCCAUAGCGAAGUCAUGGGAGAGUAUAACACUCGAAGAGCUUGAGCUCGAGCGGGACGAUGACCAUGACGAUGAAGUGCUCGUUGUCAACUGUAUGGACAGGCUAGGGAAUGUGGCAGACGAGACAUUGGUGAUGGAUUGCCCAAGGGACAAUGUACUCAAUCUCAUCAAGAACAUCAAUCCACAUGUGUUCAUCCACGCGGUUGUGAAUGGAACCUACCACACCCCGUUCUUUGAAGUGCGAUUCCGGGAGGCACUCUUUCACUUCUCCUCGUUGUUUGACAUGUUCGAUGCGACUGUGCCUAGGGAAGACAAAGACAGAAAGCUCUUUGAGGAAGUAAUGUUAGGGAGAGAUAUGCUCAAUGUGAUCUCUUGUGAAGGAACAGAGAGAGUGGAGAGGCCGGAGACGUACAAGCAAUGGCAAGUCAGAAGCUUUAGGGCCGGGUUCCAGCAACUCCCACUCGAUCAAGAGAUCGUCAAGUUUCUGAAAGAGAAAGUGAGAUCGGAUUAUGACCAAAACUUUUCCAUGGAAGAAGAAGGGAAGUGGUUGUUGCAAGCAUGGAAAGGAAAGGUAAACCACGCUGUCUCCUAUUGGAAGCCUAACAACAACUAAUCAAUAGUCGGCUUAGCCCAAUUGUAUUUGUGAAAUUUAUUUUAUUAUAUAUACAUGUACCAGCGCUCCUUAGAGCUUAGGUUAUUUUUUUCCGGCUGUAUCUCUUUCUUUUGCUUCCGCCGUAGCCCAUCAUGACGGAAUCCGCUGCCUCCUCCUCUGUCACGGCGACCGGAUUCUCCAUGGAACAUACCACCAUCGUCCCGGUCUCUUCUUCUGCUGCUACAUCAUACUCUCUCUCUCUGCAUUAACGCAGUUCCCCAUCAUCACCAGCACCGCAUCCUUUAUUGCGCCGCAACAGGUGUUCUCUUCCCGGAUUCAAGGUGCGUCGUCCUUUACGUGAACAUCACCAAGCACCUACAGUCUUUUCAAUACCCUCCCUCCUCAAUUUCCAUGGCAGGCAACCUCGUUCCAGCAACCUAUGGUGCAAGGACAGUCCUCCAGCCUUAGCAUGCUUCCAUGGCAGAGUGCUCCACGUCAGCUGUCUCCGGCGCCAGUGCAGCCAACCAACUCAUCUUCAACUUGCCGAUAUUUUUACAAAAAGUCUUUCUAAUCAGCAAUUUAUUUUUCUUAAACUUGCUCGUUGUAUCUCCCACAGACCUGCAUAGCUUGAGGGGUAUAAUAGUGGACUUAGCGCAAUUGUAUUUGUCACAUUUAUUUUAUUAUGUAUACAUUUACCAAGGCUCCUUAGAGGGCAACCUACUCCUUAGUGGAGUUAUCAUCAAAUAUAUUAGCAAUUCAUUCAAGUGAGU